UCACUUUCCUGGCAAUGGGUGACGUACAAAGACCAAUAUGGCGAAUGUCAUCGGUAGUUUUUGAUUGUCAAGAAAAAAGAGUAUUGUGGAAGUUUUAAUCAACGAUUAAGCAAAUAUGUCGGAUUACUUGAGAUCCGCCCUUGGAUACUUGAACGGAAGCACAAAUUCAAAUGAAUAUGUUGGUCAAAUUGUGGAAAUUAACAAUGUAAAACUCCGAGUGAAUAGACUUAUCGCAGAGGGUGGUUGUGCUUUGGUGUUUGCCGUAGAGGAUGUAAAUACAGGAAAAGAAUAUGCUUUGAAAAAACUCGUUGCCGUUGAUGAGGAGGCAAACAGAAGUGUCUUACAAGAAAUAGAAACUUUAAAAGCCGUAUCGGGUCAUUCGAAUAUAAUUCAAUUUUUAUGCGUUCAUCGAAUAGAACGUGAGGAUCGAAAAAGUUGCGAAUAUCUUUUAGUCACAGAAUAUUGUCCUGGCGGGACAAUUGCCGAUAUUCUACGAAAUAUUUCUGCAAAUUCAUUGACAGUCGCUCAAGUUUGUCGAAUAGCUUAUCAAGCAACUCGAGCUGUUCAUCAUAUGCACAGCCAACAACCUCAGCCUAUUGUACAUCGUGAUAUAAAAUUAGAAAAUUUUUUGAUUGGUGGCGAUGGAUUAGUUAAACUCUGUGAUUUUGGCAGUGUCACAACACAACAAAUUUUACCCGAUUCUUCAUGGAAUGCACAGAAAAGAGCCACUUUGGAGGAUCACAUGGCAAAAUUUACCACACCCAUGUAUCGCGCUCCAGAAAUGACAGACACUUGGAAUAAUGAACCAAUUGGUCCACCUGUCGAUUGUUGGGCUCUCGGAUGUAUUCUCUAUGCUUUAGUCACACUUCGUCAUCCAUUUCCCGAAGGAAAUAAAUUAGCAGUUCUCAAUGCAAAAUACGCACCGCUCCCACCAAAUCCACGUUACGCUUGCUUCAACGAUUUAAUAAAAGGAUGUUUACAAAUUUCUCCUGUUCAACGACUGACAACAUCGGCCUUGCUUGAACGUUUAGCUGCAAUAGCAGAGUCAAAUAAUUUUGAUCCACGUGAACCGCCGAAAAUUGAUGUUGUUAUAAAACCAGCAGCACCACCGAGACCUGCGCCUCCACCUCCAACAUCGGCGGCACCACCUCCACGACCACCGCCAGCAACUGCUACUGUUAAUACUGCGCCACCACCACCAAGACCAGUUCCACUAACUCAUCCUCCAAAUCAAAGAAUUCCCGCCGCUCAAUCCAGUGGAUUAUUUAGUUCAUUGAAAGGUGGUGCAGGAAGUAUUUUACGAAAUUUAAAAGACACUUCCAGUAAAGUAAUGCAUACUGUUCAACAAAGUAUGGCGAGAACAGAAUUGGAUGCGAGUUAUUUAACAUCACGAAUUAUGGUGAUGCCAUAUCCAGCUGAUGGAAUUGAAUCUGCAUAUAGAGCAAAUCAUGUUGAAGAUGUUAGGGCAUUUUUACAAGCACGACAUCCACCACCGGCGAAAAUUCAAUUAUACAAUUUGUCACGAGGACGACCAAAUGUAUCACGAUUACAGGGAAGGCAUAUUGAUUGUUCAUUUGCUUAUGCGUCUGUUGAUUCCAAUGCUCCUCUAUUGUCAGCUAUUUAUCAAAUUUGCCAGGAUAUUUAUCGAUAUUUGGACGCUGAUUUUAAUCACGUUGUUGUCUUAUACUGCACGGAUGGUUUUCGAGCGAGUGCAACUGUUGCUUGUGCAUUAUUGCUUUACUCGGGUACAUUUACAACGAGUGACGAAGCAAUAUCUUUAUUUACAACGAGACGCUGUCAACCACCUCAAUUACAGCCAUCAGAAUUACGAAUAGUAAAAUAUAUGGGUAACUUGAGUGUUGGAAAAUUACCACAUUCAAAGCCAUUAGUUCUACGUUCACUUUUGAUUCAACCCGUGCCUCUAUUUACACGAGCUAAGGACGGAUGUCGUCCAUAUGUGGAAAUUUAUAGCAAUGGAGCAUUAGUUUUUUCAACAAAACGCGCUGAAUAUGAGGAAAUGAAAUUAUUCAGUUUGAUGGAGGGAAAAGUCUGUUUAAUAUUAGGUGAAGCAACAGUUCGUGGUGAUAUUACAAUUGUUGUUUAUCAUGCACGACAACAAUUGGGAAGAAUUAUUGGAAUAAAAAUGGCAGCAAUGCAUUUUCACACGGGAUAUGUUCCAUUGACUGAAAGUACAUUAAUCUUUGAGAAACAAGAUUUAGAUGAUACUCCAGAAAUUGGUGGUAAAUUUCGUGUGGUAUUGAAUGCAAUGAUUGGAGAGGAAUCGGGUAAAACUGCACGUGUUCCAUCGCCAUGGGAAGUGGAAACUACUCCAAAACCAAUUCCCGAUCCUUUAUUUGGCUCGACUUUAGAAAUGGAGGAGACUUUGGAAAAUUUCCGAACGACUGAUAAAUGUAUAAAGGCCCCAGAGGAAUCGCCUCUAGUUGAAGAAACAGAAUCUGCUGAUGAACAAAUCUUUUCUCCGGAGGAAUCUUCACAUGAAGAGAAAAUUGAAAUCGAACAAAAGGAAGAUUUUGCAAAAUUCGCAGAGGCAGAUUUACUCAAUCUUGGAAUGCCUGAUUCUGGUGUUAAUUUGAUCUCCAAUAGUAGAAAUACAACAACUCCUGUUACUCCAGGAUUAGAUAUAUUUUCUAGUUCUAGUCAAAAUGAAAGUGAUCUCUUGGGUAAUUUUGGUGAAUUUCAUCAGCAUACACCGAAUCCUCCGCCUACUAUUAACGAAUCGCUCUCUAGUGAUCUACUUUUUGGAUCGACUCAACCUUCAACAAAUGGAUCGUCUAAUGCAAAUAUGAACGAUUUACUAUUUGGACAGGAACAAACAGCAAAGGCACAAUCUCAAAAUGCUGAUAUGCUCUUUGAUCCACUUGGCGGAUGGCAAAAUGCCACAAAGCCAAAUAAUAACAGUGAAGAAUCUUUUCCACGUAAUUCCAGUGUUCCAAAUUUCGCAGCACAAAAUAAAGAUCCAUUUGCAAAUUUGGCUGGUUCAUUGGGUGGUGGUUUAAUUGGAAGUUGGAAUGGUACUCCAAGAGAAGCAAAUACUCCACAAUCCGCUAGUCCUGCAACUGGUGGAACUCCAGUGCAUUCUAGUCAGCGGAUGCAGCACAAAUCUAAUACGUCCAGUGAUACAAAUAGUGGUGAUCCAAGUGCUGCAAAUAAUAAACCAACAAAGUCUGGUGAUGCUUUUGAAGAUUUAUUGGGAAGUCAGGGUUAUAAUUUUAGUAGUAGAAAAGCUGAGAAGGAGAGUCCAAAGACAAUAAAUCAAAUGAGAAAAGUUGAAGCUGCCAAGACAAUGGAUCCUGAUCGACUGAAAAUAUCGGAAUGGACUGAAGGAAAGAAGAGUAAUUUAAGAGCGCUUCUUUGUUCGAUGCACACGGUCAUUUGGGAGGAUUGUAGAUGGCAAAAAUGUGAGAUGCAUCAACUUGUAUCACAUGCGGAUGUCAAGAAAGCUUAUAGAAAAGCCUGUUUGUCUGUUCAUCCAGAUAAGCAAACCGGCACGAAUAAUGAAAAUAUUGCAAAGCUUAUAUUUAUGGAAUUAAAUAAUGCUUGGAGUGCAUUUGAAAAUGACACGAGCCAACAAAAUUUAUUUAGCUAAUUAUCGUAGGUAAUAAUCCUCGUUAAAUUUCAAAAAAAAAAAAAAAAAUCUACUCUUUACCUCUGAUUAAAAUUAAUCAUUACUCGAGAAAAAAGACGUAAUUGCAAUUACGUUCUUUUUUUUAUUGUAAGAUAUACAAAAAGAAAAUGUCCUAUUCGCAUUCCUAUUAAGUUUACUUAGGAUUAGAUUCAGAGCAACGUAUUACAAGAGAAGGAUAAUAUUAUAAGAAAAUGGCGUCUAUAGGCACGCUUUAUUUAUGAAAAAAAAAAGAAGUUUACGUACGAGUGUAGAUAUGCUUAAAAAUGGCGUCUAAUUGCAUAUGUAUAUAAGGCAGUGUAAAUUAAACAAAACAAAAAGUCUAAAUAUAAAAAAAAAGUAUUUUCUGUGCGAAUAA